UAUGUAUAUUGGCAAAGAAUUCAUUCCUGAAUGCGUUCAGAAGUGUUAGGCAAAUUAAACAACAGCAACAGAAACACAAAAAGGCAAACUUUUGAAGCUGAUCUCUCAAGAAUUGCCCCGGCAGCAAUGGCUACUGAGUAUUUGCCCCCUCCAUUGGAUGCUACCGCUGAGGAACCGGCUCUCUUUGAUGGAACUACCAGGUUCUACAUGACCUACACUUGCCCUUUCGCACAGCGUGUAUGGAUCACCAGGAACUCUAAAGGUUUGCAGGAAAAGAUUAAGCUGGUUCCGUUGAACCUUCAAAAUAGGCCUGCUUGGUACAAGGAGAAAGUUUACUCUGUCAACAAGGUGCCGUCCUUGGAACAUGAUGGCAAAGUGAUGGGGGAGAGUAUUGAUUUGAUUAAAUAUGUUGAUUCCAACUUCGAAGGCCCUUCUCUUUUGCCUAACGAUGCUGACAAAAAGAAGUUCUUUGAGGAGCUGUUAUCACACAUAGACCAAUUUGCAGGGAAUGUGUUUACUACCUUUAGAGGAGACUCCACAACAGAAGCUGGUAUUGCCUUUGAUCGCUUGGAAAAUGCUCUAAAUAAAUAUGAUGGCCCAUUCCUCCUCGGCGACGAGUUUAGUCUGGCGGACAUUGCCUUCAUUCCUCUGGUUGAAAGAUUCCAAAUCUACUUAUCGGAGGUGUUUAAGUAUGACAUCACAGCAGGCAGGCCUAAAGUGGCAGCAUGGAUUGAGGCGGUGAACAAGAUCGAUGCGUAUACGCAGACAAAGAAAGCUGAUCCGAAAGAAAUAGUGGCACUUUAUAAGAUGAUGUUCUCGGCCAAGAAGUGAUGAUAUUGCCACCCUCAUAUGAUUAUAUAUUAAUGUGUGUGUGUGACUUUUGAUAAACUCUCUGCUUGGAUCAGAGUGAUUUGCUUUGAGUUAAGAAUCAAUGUUGUGUUAGUGUUUGGUACCUAUAUAUAUGAAUAAGUUUGAAGCAUGUGA